UAAAUCACGAAUGAGAUCUUAUUAAUACAUCUGUGUUUUUUAUAAACCGAUGGAGAGCAAAAAUAGAUGUUCAUUGAAUGUUUUAUAUACUUGUGUAAUGUUAUAAUCGCACAUGAAGCUGUUCUGUACCUGCAGGCCUGGAUUCAUCAUAGCUGAUGUCGUAUCCUCAGGGCUUUACGAACUGAUGCUGAGCUCCGCCCCCUUUCACGCGUGUCACCGGCAGACAGGUCGAGCCUGUCCUUCAGCAGACAUGACUCUAGUCUCUUCACCUGUGCAACACAUCCAGAUCACAGGUGAUCUACUGAUCCAACACGCCGUCACGGCAGUACAAGCAACACCGUUCAGUCAUUGUAGGUUCAUCGACAGUUUCUCCCGUCGGGAUGAGCAUCUCUGCCAAAGACCGCAAGCCGAAGAAGCCUCAUUACAUCCCCCGUCCCCCCGGCAAGCCGUUCAUAUACCAUUGCUUCCAGUGUCCCUUCACCUGCAACCAGAAAUCCCACCUGUUCAACCAUAUGAAAUACAACCUGUGCAAGAUCUCCAUCUCCAUAACUGACAAACAAAGCAGAAGUCCGUCUCACGCUUCCGCCGCAACCAACAUCCCGUCCGCAAUGGACACAAGCUUGAGUGACGCGUCAAAGGAAACGAAGUCUGGAGUGGAAGUGAUUGAUAGCGGAGGCGAGUCCGAAGCAUCUUCCCACAACGAUGUCACUUUAAAUCACGAUGAAUCCUGCGAGAAGAAAACACAGAAGGAAGCAGAUCUUCCAAAACGACAUCGCUCUGAGUCUGUGUCGUCAUCUUCAGACGUUACACCCGUGUAUAAACCCGAAGCUCUUCUCCCUCGGGUUUCUCAUGUGUUCAGCCCUGUGGGCGUCUGGACACCCCCGGUCUCAUUUCCACCCAGCUCUUUAAGUCCUGAACACAAACCACACCUGAAGGACAGAGAGAUGCUGGAUUGUUCCUAUCACGGUGCUGUGUUUCCGGGAUAUUAUGCCUACGGCGUUCCCAUCUCUCUGCAUCCGCUCUACUCCCAAUAUUACACCCCAACCCCAACCCCGCCUCACCCGCACCUCCUCCCGUACUCCCUGGACGGCCCGCUGUUUCCAAGAGAACUGCUGCCAGUGAGUUCUCCAUCCCGUGAGGAGUAUUUUAGAUACUAUCAUGCGUUUUUGACUCCGGAUUAUAGUCAGAAUGCUCAAAUCCACCCCGCAGUGCCUUACUUUAUCCCGUACUCGGAAGAAACCCAUCACGUGACAAAUAUGACUCCUGGGUUUUCACUGGCAUCAAGAUAUGAAGCGGCUGAGUUCUCAAGCGUGCAGCAUGUCAUGAGCGAGCACACGUGUGAAGAGAGAGAGCUCAGGGUGAAUACUGAAGGAGAAGAGCUUCAGGUGUGUCCACAGACGGGAUGCUCUGCUGCUGGGUCGCCAGUUGGACCGCACGGUCACCAUGGUUACCAGCAGCCAGAGGAUGAGGAGGUAGUGCUGGACAGCCAAUCAGAAGAGAGGGGUGCGGCCAUACAGAUAGACGAAGAUGGUCAGAGACAUGAGGAAAUGAAAGGCAUUGAAAGGUCACCAGCAUUUGGGGGGAGAGAGACAGAAAGUGACGAUCAUCAUGUCAUGAGUCCUCUCAACCUCUCCAGAAGAGUUCAGAUCAAGAAUGAUGCUUCAGUUCAACAGUCUCAUCCUCUGAAUCUGUCUGUGAAGGAAGAGAGCCAAUCACAGAGCAGCUCGAGUGAAGACGGCCCAUCUCGGCAGGGGAUUGUGGGUAGCGGGACAUCACAGAUGAACAAUGAUUCACUCGUAGAGGAAGAGACAACGGCUGCAUUCGCUCUGUGCCAGCUGGCCCGGUCCAUUCUAACAGAUCCAAGCGGAAACUCAAGGCCAACAUCUGACCGUGAUCAAACGGAUCCCACUCCAACAAACACAAGCUCCACAAAACCAUGUCCAGAAUCAAAUUUAGAUGAAUGCUCCGCCCAUCCUUCUGACGCAACAGAAGUCUCCGCCUCCACGUCAAAUGUUAAACAUCCAAAGAGUAAAGCACGUGGAGCACACGGCACCAAAAGAAAACGAAUGAGUGACCUCAGUAACCGCAAUCUGAGGAAAAGAACUUGCCAUUAAAAUGAAACGUGUUUUACAGAUUUUGUGUUUAAACACAUCAUAAACAUUCAUGACGUUUUUUUGAAGAAGAAGAAUUUUUCAACAGCUGUGUUUUAAUUGAAACAUUGAAUCAUAUUUAUUUUUCACUUUUUAAACUGUUAAAACUACUUCGUUUCAUAUUGUUCAUGUAUUCACAUCUGAGUUUAAAAUAAUAAUAAUAAAACAACAACAAAAGUCAGACUGGCUUAAAAUGACUGUGCAAACACACAAGUAUGCCAAAGACGCAAACGUUUGCAACAAACAUCUAAAACACGUUAUCGCAGGUCUGUCACGCCAGAAAGCAGCAGGUGCAUGUGAAACCUGUUUAACCGCUGAAAGUGCAGUUAUAUCCAGCAGGUUCAGACAUGUUCGUUACUGUUAAACCUGUCGC